GGGGCUGAGCUGAUCCCACGUGUGACGCUUUCAUUCCCGGCUCAGUAAUAUUCUCAUAGCGGGGCUUUGCAUAUCUCCUGCCCUAUCUGUGUGUGUCUGUCACUGUUACUGUGGUCCCAGCCGCUGUAGUUUGGACUAGAUAUGGAAGGAGACGGGAGUCAAGCCACGUCCGGAAGCCUAAACGAUUCGCAACAUGACCCGGGUAAAAUGUUUAUCGGUGGCCUCAGCUGGCAAACCUCACCAGACAGCCUUAGAGACUAUUUUAGUAAAUUCGGAGAAAUAAGAGAAUGUAUGGUGAUGAGAGACCCCACGACGAARCGCUCAAGAGGAUUUGGGUUUGUUACGUUUACAGAUGCUGCCAGCGUAGAUAAAGUCUUAGCUCAACAGCACCACGAGUUAGACUCAAAGACGAUUGAUCCUAAGGUUGCCUUUCCACGUCGUUCCCAGCCUAAGAUGGUCACAAGAACAAAGAAAAUAUUUGUGGGUGGCUUGUCGGCCAAUACAGUAGUGGAGGAUGUGAAACAGUAUUUUGAACAGUUUGGAAAGGUGGACGACGCCAUGCUUAUGUUUGAUAAGACUACUAACAGACAUAGAGGAUUUGGUUUCAUAACUUUUGAGAGUGAAGACAUCGUAGAGAAAGUCUGUGAAAUUCAUUUUCAUGAAAUCAAUAACAAAAUGGUAGAAUGUAAGAAGGCCCAGCCCAAGGAGGUGAUGUUCCCACCAGGCACACGAGGGCGAGCCAGGGGUCUGCCCUACACCAUGGAUGCCUUCAUGCUGGGGAUGGGCAUGCUGAGUUACCCUAACAUUGUGGCAACGUAUGGUCGAGGAUACACUGGAUUCGCACCCAGCUACAGCUACCAGUUCCCUGGCUUCCCGGCGACAGCAUAUGGACCGGUGGCAGCGGCGGCGGUAGCAGCAGUGCGUGGCUCAGGUAGGGGGGCCCGUGGAAGAGGCGGCUACUUGGCGUACCCACAGAGCACAGGGCCAGGCCUCCCCGAUUAUGGGUUUUACUCUGCGCCCAGUGACCAGAGGGGGGGGCCCUGCUCCUUUGCUGACUAUGGCUCCCUGGGGCCCCAAGCGGCUCAGAUGCUGCACAGUGAGCAUGCCACCUCCGCCUGCAACUCCCCCCUCCAGCACCUACACAGCCCGGAUCAAUUUAAGAACCCAGGCACCAACCCUUCCAGGCCCGGAGGUUUCCCCGGCGCUAACAGUCCAGGGCCUGUGRCUGACCUGUAUGGACCUAGCAACCAGGAUUCAGCUGUAGGCAAUUACAUCAGCGCUGCUAGUCCUCAGCCCGGCUCCGGGUUCGGCCCCAGCAUCACAGGUCCGUUGAUUGCGACAGCUUUUACAAAUGGAUACCAUUGAACAGGUGGCCGGUUGCCAUCUCAUCAGAGCAGAGUAUAUCUGGUGGCCCRGGACAGACAGGACGAAGUUUCUAAUUGGCUUUGUGUGCAGGUGACCUUAAUCCAACUUCAAGCACUACUGCGUCACCGAUGGCUAAACGAGUGAAAGUGGGAACCAUACGAAGAAGAAAAGAAAAGCGUUUGUCAUCUCAGAAAAAGAAACAACUGCUGUACUAUAUUUCCAAACCUCCUUAUAACUCUGCAGCCUGGUUUGGUUAUGUUUUCACGUCAAGUUGCGUCACCGAUUUCCUUCCUCUCAGCUUUUUUUGUUCUGAUUAAGUUUUAGAAAGGCAUUUUUAGUUCAGCCUUGAUUUUUAUUUUUGUUUUAUUUUUCCUUUCAUUUUUCUCUUCUAGCAGGGUGUAAAUGGAUUUUUGUUUGAAGUACACGGUGGGUCACAGCCAAGAAAGUCUGCAAGUCACGUCUUCAUCUUCGAAUUAUAAAACAAACAAAAAAGAAGAAAAAGAUCGGGAUGUUUCCAUUCAGUCUUUCUGCAAAAAAAAAUACAUUUUAAAAAAGUAGCUGGGAAGACUUGGAAGAAAAAAAAAGAAAAUUAAGGAAAUUUUUAAUGAAGGUAUCGAAGUAAUAAAUUUUAGUAGCUUUUUUUUCUGUGACGUCUCAUUGUAAACCAUAAUUACCUAUUUUUGGGCAAUACAAAGAGGACUCCAAUAUUUUUAUGGUCCUUUUUUAUAAGUGUUGUUUCUGUUGUUUAGAAAUAUAAAUAUAUAUAAAUAUAUAUAUAAAUAUAUAUAUAUGCUAUAACAAAUUUCAUAUAACGACAUUGUGAAUUGAAACUUGAGAAAAAGAAAAUGUAGCUGUACAUAUUAUUCCAGUCACUGCAUAUAACCAACUCAGUGAGAGAAUAGCAUAUUUUUGUGAUGGUGUGUCAAAAGCAACAUGUUWUAGUGUGUGAAUAGAAGAAACAAACAAAAACAAAAAAAAGCUGUAAACAAUAUUUGACUUUYAUUGUUCUUUUUCUGCUGGAAGACGGUGUAAACACAAACAAACGGGACACACUUGCUCUGUAAAUACUGAAGCGAAGUCAUUUCAUACCAGCAAACCGAUGAGCGGGAAGUUGAAUCAACACCGUUCUGAGAAACAA